AUGACGAUUGCGGGAAACGACGAACUCACAUUGGAGGCUGGGAGCUAUGAGAGGAAUAACGCCCCCCCAGCACCGCCAGCAUUGCUCCCUCGACUCUUAUCCCCCCUCCUUCCGCCGCCGCAGCACACGGCCCACCAGCGCCGCCACGCCCUCCUCACCGGCCUCGACCCUCGUGAUCCUCCCCAUUCAGCGGCCCCCCACCACCGCUGCCCGCGUCCCCCGCGAUCUGCCAUCCCGUCGCGCACCCCUGCCGCCACCAGCGCCAUCCUGCUCCGCCCGCCGCGCCCGACACUCCCGGCCGGCCGCGAUCGCGCGCCAGCGCCGCCCACCCGCGCCGCCCGACCCAUCCGCGCCGUGCCUCCUCUUCCCGCCGCCGCCGCCGCGCCAUGCAACCCGAUCGCCGCCUCCCGCCGCCGCCCCUCCCUCCCCCAUCAUCAUCACCAGCUUCCCGGGAACAGCUCCUCCCUCAUCCGCGAUCAGGCCCUCCGACGUCCUCCGCCGCAAACCCUAGCGGCGACCGCUAGGAUCGACUCCAGAACCCUAACGGCGUCGAUCCGGGACCCGAUCCCCCCGCCCGUUCCGCACCGAACGGCGAGGAGCCGCGAGACCGAUCGGGUCAGAUUCCGCGACGAGCGCGGCGAUCGCGCUCGUCCUUAUCGCUCCCUUCCCGACCCGAUCCCGACCCCCAGCAUCAGCGCCAACCCUAAACGCCGCCUCCCGAAUCCCGCCUCCCCGCUUGCCCGCCGCUAUCCCCGCGACCGCGAUCCUCCGCCGGCGAGGGCGAUCGCCCGCUCGCGCGUCGUCGUCCUUCGGCGCGGCCGGCGGCGGCGGCGGCGGAGACGAUGA